AUGGCCGACAAUGAAGUGGAUCUCGACUCAAUCAUCGACCGGCUCUUGGAGGUGAGGGGUAGCCGCCCUGGAAAGCAGGUUCAGCUGCUUGAGUCAGAAAUCCGUUUCCUCUGCACCAAGGCCCGUGAGAUUUUCAUCUCUCAGCCCAUUCUUCUCGAGCUGGAAGCUCCCAUCAAGAUUUGCGGCGAUAUCCACGGCCAAUACUAUGACCUGCUGCGUCUCUUUGAAUACGGCGGUUUCCCCCCUGAGGCUAACUACCUCUUCCUCGGUGACUACGUCGACCGUGGCAAGCAGUCUCUUGAGACUAUUUGCCUCCUUUUGGCCUACAAGAUCAAGUACCCCGAGAACUUCUUCAUCCUCCGUGGAAACCACGAAUGUGCCUCGAUCAACCGUAUCUACGGUUUCUACGAUGAGUGCAAGCGCCGGUACAACAUCAAGCUUUGGAAGACUUUCACCGACUGCUUUAACUGCCUUCCUAUUGCUGCCAUCAUUGACGAGAAGAUCUUCACCAUGCACGGUGGUCUGAGCCCCGACCUCAACUCGAUGGAGCAGAUCCGCCGUGUCAUGCGCCCUACUGAUGUAAGUCUCUCCUGCCGUUUUUUGGUGGAUUUGGUGGAUUUGGUUCGAUUGGCAGUCGGAGGAUUUGACCAUCCCUGA